CCUUUUAUUACUGGACUGUUCUUCUUUCCUGUUACAGAAUCAAACCCUGUGUAUCGCGAGGGCAACCUCGCCUCCUCCACAAGAACCUUCCUGAAGCGAACAUUUAUUAAACACGAGUUUCAUCACUUGAAUGUGCCGCUUGUUGGAACAGCGGCAGUGUCUGAUGUAUUUGACUGCACGUUAGAAUGUCUCAGCAAUCCGUUCUGUUUUUCUGUAAACCUGGCCGCCUCCAAAGGAGCCCAUGGAAAACUUUGGUGCGAGUUGUUGUCAUCUGAAAAGUUCAGAAACUCCACAGAGUAUAAAGGGAAUAAAAGUUCGCAUCAUUUUGCCAUUGAGGUAGGAAGCACUCUUAAUUUUGACAAGUAAACGUGUUAAAAGUUUGACAGCUUUGUCAAGAUCGUAGAAAGAAGGCAGUCAGGUUAAAGCCACUGCAAAUGGUGUCGGUCUGUUGUCGUAUUCAUAGUGGUGACAACUGUAUUUUCAUGGCAUGUUGUAAAGCAUGCAAACACUUUCUCGUGCCGCGCACUAUCUUACUUACUUACCACCUUUGUUUCCCAGGCACGUCGGCAGACUAAGAAAAUACAUGUGACUCGGUUGAAAAUUUGAGUCAAGAUACCAGAUUCUGUUUAUUUAAAGAAUGGAUUAUUGUUUAAAUCGUCAGUACUUGGUCAGCCUUUUAGUCAAUUUUUGUUUUAAAAUGUUUCAUCGACAGACUUCUUCAGUUUCUGCGGACGUUCGAAACAGUUAGAAAAUCUUUCCAGACUCAUAGAUCCCGACGGCUUCGCAAUAUAUUUUUAAUCUCAUAAAGCCACUUUCUAAAAUACCAGCAAAGGAAGUAAACUCAGCAAAAAUCUUAAUACUGUAAAUGAAAAUAAAAAAAUAAAUAAAUAAAAAAGCCUAGAUGCUAUCUUAUGAGGUUUAUACCAUGAAAAAAUUUUACUAAAGCAAAUCCGGACCGGAUUGACGGAAUAACGCGGAUUGGCAGAUUCAUGUAUUCCCUAUUCAAAGUACAUGGAACAUUUUCCUACUUUGUUUCUCUACAGUCACCUUGCUCUUCGUCACCUUGUCAACACGAAGCUACCUGUGUCACAAACUAUAGAGAUGGCUCGUUCGGAUGCCGCUGUGCAAAAGGCUUCAAAGGAGAAUAUUGUAAAAAAGGUGAAAAGUUUGGCAUGCCGUUACAUACUUUAUUUCACAAGUGACUGUAAAUUUUUUACUUAACUUUGCGGCUCGAAAAUGUUCUAAAAUAGCUAGCGAAAAUAUAUAACAAAAAAAAUAUUAAAUGCAAUGCAUGAAGAUGUUGAAUCUGUCGAUGUUCAAGUUAAUUAAGCAUCUGACGGAGAAAUAGAAAGGUCUGAGGUGGGGAACUGAAUAUGUAUUUUUCUUUUUACUAACCUCUCCUCAGGCACCAAUUAUUAUUUUUUAUCACGGGGGAGGGGGGUGGAGGAUUUGGAGGAUCACAUGAUUUUCAGGGGGACUGAGGAGAGCGGAUACGUGAAAAUAUUGCAGAGCCUUGACUGAGGGGGGGGGGGGGUUACUUUCAUCGUGCCACAACCAAAAUCCUCCCCCCCCUCCCUCCACCGGCAGUAAAUUAUAACUGGUACCAAAGUAAUAUUUAAAAUCUCUUAUUGCUCAAAGGUUUUGCUAAUAGCUUGGUACAAAAAUGUGCAACUACUCUACUUUUGUGUCCCCUACUGGACUGUGAUGGAGCCUAAAUAUCUCAAACACCUGACUUUUAUUUUUUUUCUUUACAUUUAGUUAAUGGGUCCUGCAAAGAAGCUUACAACCUUUUCAAGUAAGUGAUACCAAAUGAUUAUCUUUUCGAGCAUAAAAUAAAGACAAAAUUAUCGAAUAGUUUCGACGUCAAGAGAAGAUUGUUCGCCGGAAACUAAUAUGAUCACGGGGUAAUUUAUUAUUAUCAACUGCGUUAAUAACGUAAAUUAGCUACCGUAAAGAGUUUCAAAGCUGACGUUUCGAGCAAUUGACGAAGGGCUCUGACGAAGGACCAACGCUCGAAACGUCAGCUUUGAAACCCUUUACGGUGGCCUAUUUACGUUAUCAACUCAGUUGAUAAUACUAAAUUACCCUGUCAUACUCUCCCAUCGACGCAGCACCACAGUUUCUUUAGAAACUUACCCCCUCUAAUAAUAUGAUCAAGAAUGGAUGUUUUCGUAUCAAGCAGGUCAAACGCCAGUCAACUGGUUCUACUGGACCUUGACUCUAAACCAAUCACAGUCCUCUGUCAGAUGGGGGAUUUUGGAUGCGGAAAUGGAGGAUGGACGCCUCUAAUGAAGAUUGACGGCAGCAAGGUAAGCAUCAUUUGGCGGAAUAUUCUUGGCGGGGUUUUCUUACGGGUGAUGAAGCGCGAGCAAGAAAUUUUCAGAAGCGUCGAAACUACGAUAGAAUCUCUUAGCAACUCGCCCAUAUUCUUAUCGCGGUCCCUGCUUGCGGAAAUUCCUCUGGCAUGAGUGCUACAAUACCCUAAUAUCUAAAACGCCUGCAAGGACCUGCAAAUAGGGUAUAGGUUGAUGGCUUGUACGCGAACUGUGUUACUGAUUUAAUGAGGGUCCUGCCUCGGUGAUGCAUCGUGUUAUUUAUGUUUCAGGAUAAAUUAAAUCUUCUUAAUUCUUUUCAGGCAACGUUUGACUAUGACUCUCACUACUGGAGUGAUAAAAACCAAUACAACAUCCCCGGCGGGAGGACUGGGUUUGACUCACAAGAGACCAAGUUACCGACCUAUUGGAACACACCUUUCUCCAAGAUCUGUCUCGGUAUGAAGAUAAGUGGACAGCUCAGGUUUAUUGUCAUUAACAAACAGGCCAACUCUCUGUACUCUUUGAUUGCUGAUGGGACAUACCGCGCUACUUCACUGGGUCGUAACGAGUGGAAGAAGUUGAUUGGUGCGGAGGGCUCUUUGCAACUGGGCUGUAACAAGGAGGGCUUCAAUGCUGUGGGUACUACGAGGUAUGCUUCUAAAGCAAGAAUUGGUUAUACUGCUGACGAUCGAAACGAUUGUAGCUCUUGUAACUCCAGAAUUGGGUUUGGUACCGGAGGAUAUCCUGAUAGCUCCACUACAUGUGGAAACGUAGCACGUCAUUCCCCAGAUAACGGUGACAGAUAUAUCAAAGCUAUGGGAUAUAUUUUGGUGCAGUAA